UUUAUCUCUUUUCUUUUCUUUUCUUUUCUUUAUCUUUUAUUCAUGAAGGUUAUUGUUGCAGAAACAGGUCAAGUCUUUGACUCAAAUAGUCUUUUUGCCAAGACGCUGGAUCCUAAAGACUUGAAUGAACUUGCAGGAGAAAUUGCACAUCGAAUUCAAACUCGAGAAAUGGAUCAAAUACUAUUGACAAAAAAUGGCAUUCAAUUGAAAUUGGAUACAAGCAGUAAUAAAUCAUACAUUCAGCAAUACUUUGAGCAAGAAGAUAGUGUCGUUGUGUUUAAUCGCCGUUUAUUGCAAAAUCCUUUUACAUUUCAGCCGCUUACUAUACCUCAACCUACCGAAAGCCUUGUUGAAUUUAAUCAAAUUCUUAGUCUAAAAGACAUUAAGAGCAUGAUUGAUCAACAGCAACCUCAUCUCACUCGUCGUCUGGAUCAAAUUCAUAAAACUAUUUUAAAGACGAGCUUAUAUCGACAAGAGCUCAUUGAAAAAUACAUAGAAGAAAUACAUGCUCAAUCCAUUGCUCUUCAUGCAGCUCUAGACAACUUGGAAUCCCAUAUUGUAAUUAGAACGGCCCAUCAGACUAUAGAUAAAUUUGACCGAAUUGCUCAAAGAGAAUUCUCAAAGCAUGGUAUUACCCUUGCUAGUAUUGACUUGGACAUUCAGUUCUUGAGACAAGUUGAACUGCAUCCAAGUUUAAUGCAGCAACAACCUUAUUUAACACUUGAUUGUUAUGUACCCAUGGAUACCUUGCAGGAGGAAAAAAAUUUGUUACUCAAGACAUAUGACGACUUGGUAAAUGCUACGCUUGGUCAGAAGAAUAAAAUGACUCAUCUUAUCCAACAAACCUCUCAUAUGAACAUGAAUCGGACUACUUCUGAGAUUGUGAUGGAUCGAGUUACUAAGUUGCAACAAGAGAUAUGUAGCCAAUGGAUACCCACUCUAUGCUCCCUUAAACCAUUAGAGCAAGUCGAUUUGCUGUAUGACCAUGAGGACCUGAUUUAUCGCGCUGAAAUGUCCAUUGUGGAUGAGAAGAAGAUGGCCUUGGUAGGUUUUUUCAAGUGUAUGCAGGCCAUUAGUCAAGUAGAAGAGUCUGUGAGUCGCAUCUACCCUACAUUAGCUGAACUAGAAAAGAGGAUCAAAGUAUUUCGAUCAGACCUUGAAAGUGGAAAAGGUUCCAUGGCUAAAAAAGUUAUCACAGGGUCUAUUACUGUCGGAAUUAUGGAGAAGGGAUAAAUACACAGAGAUUGUUACAAAAAAUGCAAGUCUAUUGUAUGAGCUCUUUCAAGAAUUUGGGAAAAGAGAAGAAGGCUAUAGAAAGCGAUUUUUCUAUUCAGAAGUGGUAUCGAAG